AUGGUGACUUUGGAUCCCAGCGACGAAAAGGCACAGCCGAUGACUGCGAUGGCCAGUGGCCUGAAUAAUAGCAUAGUGAACUCGGAAAGUGACGAUCUUGCCAUGUUGGCGCUGGAGAAACGAGUUCUCAGGAAGACUGAUAUGGUUGUCUUACCAAUGAUGUGCUUUGUUUUCUUCUUCCAAUACCUAGAUAAACAGAGUCUGAGCUAUGCAUCGGUGUACGGCCUCAUUGCCGAUCUAGACUUGAAAGGCAAUCAGUUCGCAUGGACGUCUUCCAUCUUCUACGUUGGGCAGCUUGUGUCUGAGUUCCCAUUCAUUUACCUGAUGAGUCGGUUUAAACUGUCAAAGUUUGUGGGUAUCACAAUUGUAAUUUGGGGCGCAGUCUGCAUGUGUCUUGCCACUCCAAAGACAUACAGCGGAUUCCUUGCCGUGCGUUUCUUCCUAGGAGCCGCAGAGGGGGCGGUCAGUCCAGCUUUCAUCACCAUUACAAGCAUCUGGUACAAGAGAAGUGAGCAUGCGCUGCGUAUAGGUUGUUGGAUUACCUACAACGCGCUUGCGCAAAUCGUCGGCUCUUUACUCAUGUACGGCAUCGGGCAACACAACACAUCGUCACUUGCUUCCUGGCGACUCAUGUUACUCGUCUGUGGAAUAUUCACCUCGCUCUGCGGUGUAGCAUUCUACUGCAUCAUGCCCGACGGGCCUGAUACGGCAUGGUUCUUGACAGCAGAAGAGAGAAUAGCUGCACAGCAUCGUCUACGUGAGGACCACGACGGUGGUGACAAGACAUCUUUUUCCAUGGAACAACUCAAAGAGGCAGCAUUUGAUUUCAAAACAUAUGCUGCGUUUGCGUUUGGUAUCCUUGUCACAGCUCCGGCUCCGGUGCUCACUUUUGCGUCCUUGAUCAUCAAACAACUAGGUUAUACCUCUGGUGAAACACUGUUGCAUGGAUCUCCAUCUGGUGCUGUCCAGAUCGUAGCUAUCUGGAUUGGCAUCAUCGCGUGCCUCAUCUGGCCGCAGAAACGUUCUUUCAUCAUCAUCGGACUCGUUGCGAUACCCUUGACCGGGUGCAUCAUGCUAUUGGCACUGCCUCUCCACGGCUGGCCUAUCAUCAUUGCCGCCUGGCUCGGAAGUUGCAUUUCCAGCAUCUUUUCCCUCACCAUGAGUUUGAACGCGUCCAACAUACGCGGCAACACAAAGCGAUCGGUUGUGAAUACUGUGUACUUUAUCGGCUACUGUUCCGGAUGCAUUGGCUUUCCUCAGUUGUGGACGACCGAGACAGCGCCGAGGUAUACGGCCGGUCUUGUGGUCUCGGUGGCGGAUUGGGCGAUUCUCAUUGUGCUUAUGGGGUACUAUUGGUACCAUGGAUGGAGUGAGAAUAAGAGAAGGGAUGAGCUCGAAAAGGAGUCCGCUGUUACAGUGUAUGAGCCUGGCGCUGAUGUCACAGAUAAGCAAGACUUGACUUUUAGAUAUUCUCUGUAG